AUGCGGUCACCCCAUCGGACCCUUGAGGACCUGCGCGAUGUGGAACGUAUGGAGAAAGAUGUUUUUGUGUCUGAGAAAGGUACAGAAUCACUGCCAUGUUCAAAUGUCGACACGGAUGCAGAGACAGUCAACCGCAACGGAAUUAAACAAAAGAAGAAGAGAUCGUCUUGGGAGUACCAGGAGCUAACUAGGCCCAAGAAGAGAAAGCAGACAUUCUGUGUCUGUGACAGGCCUGAUGAUGGCAGGUUGUAUUGGAUGUGUGACCAUUGCAAGGACUGGGUGCAUCCAGAAUGCAUCAAACGGGACCAUGCAGACUGUCCCAAGCCUUUUUGUGCCCAUCAUGACGUCCACAUAAGGAAAUGGGAAGUCACUGACAGUGCCGAAAAAUGUGGAUUUGAAGAAUCAGAUGGUCCGGAAGAUGUCGAGCGUUUUCUCAUAACGUUGGACGUGGCAGUGAAAGUGGUCCCUGUGGCAUACAAAACGUGCUUUUCCAUUGUCACGUCGACGGUGGAAGACAGUGACGUUUUGUGGUUGCAAAACCAUUGCACAUUUAUUACAAACGUAGACGCGGCACCAAAAAGUUCCAUCGGAUAUGGAUUUGGCGUUUUCACGUUAGAGGCACUGACUGUCGUAGAGAAAAACAUCCAAGAUACCUUUUCAGAAAAUGGGAACCACCCUUUGGUAAAGCUCGUAGCUAACGAAAAGCUGAAAUCAGCUUUCAAGAAAAACAAAAGACUAGUUUCAUCGUAUACAGAAUCCGUCCUCGUCAAGGAAGCGUGUUCAGUGAUCAUGCAAGAGGCGACUGGAUGUAGUUAUAAAGAGGCCACAGAGGCUCUGCAACGAACGGUGGCCAAAAGUAUUUUCACAGCAUAUAGCCUGGCAACAACUCACCGCUCGAGCAUAACAGAAUAUUGGUCAAGCGCCCUAGCGGAUAGACGUAAAGCCUGGUGAACACAAAGACGCUAACAACCUGCAGAAAAGUUCAACAUGGCUGACAACACCGUACGGUCGGAAGAUGUGUAAGGACAAAAAUGGGAUCGUUGCAUUACAGACACCGGUUUACUGUUAACUGUUGAGUUAUCGAUCCGGACUGAACUUAAGUGUGCACCACUGCAGUAUGAUGACAUUUAAGUUUUAUAGACUUUCAUGCAAUAGUUACUGUCACACAGCUCCGGACAUUAAAAGUGGAAGGACGGAGAACCACACAGAAACAAUAUCGGCGAAUGAUGAUGCAUAUUUGUUUUAAGUUUCGUGAAAUAGGUACUGUGAAACAGCUCCGGACGUACAACCUUCAUGAUUUUCAAUCUAUUAAGGGGCAAUAAAUUAAUUAUGCGUGCACCGCAUUAUGAUUGAACACAUUCAUAUUAAGUUUAAUGAAAUUUAAUAAAUAAUUAUUGAUAAACACCUCCGGACAUCGCCAAAAUUAUAUUCCUUCACUGUCUUAGAGGGGUAAAAAGCCAUCAUAAUGGAGGUGUCAUUUUGUCUACUUACAAGAGUUGGUGCAUUCGGAUUAAAUGCGUAUUCUACAUGCAAUAGUAAAUGCAUGCAAAAAAAAAUAUCUUUCUUGCAACAAGUGUAAAUCUACUGCAAAUCUUAGCAAAACAUUUGCAAACGUAUGUGCGUGUGUAUAG